AUGGUUUGCCAUAACGCAGUCGUCUGCCGAAAUGAGGUCUACCACAGUGCUGGUAUUGGCGAUGCUCCAAUACGUCCACCAAACAAAGUAUGUGGAUGCAGCACUUCCGCUGUAGGACAUCCAGGACCUAAUCCCGGUUCCAGUCCGCCAUUAUUGCUCUUUUUAUUAACAGCGCAAGAUCUAGAAAAUCAAGGAAAGUAUGAUUAUCCCCUUAGUUAUUAUAUUGGUCAAAACUAUGGAAAUGGAGGCUAUUUAUCAAGCAGUUCAGGUCAUGGGAGCUCUAGCAGCCAGUCACACUCAGUCGGUAGUGGCUCCUCUUCUAUGAGUGGCAGCAACGCAGGCGCUGGAUCUGGAUCAUCAUCAGGCCCUCAAGGAACAUCCUCAUCUGGCGGUUAUGGUGCCGCAAACUCUCGUGGCGGAUCGCGCUCGAGCGGCGAUGGCUCCUCCUCCUCUUCUGUGAGUGGCAGCGACGCAGGCGCUGGAUCUGGAUCAUCAUCACGCCCUCAAGGAACAUCCUCAUCUGGCGGUUAUGGUGCCGCAAACUCUCGUGGCGGAUCGCGCUCGAGCGGCGAUGGCCCCUCCUCCUCUUCUGUGAGUGGCAGCGACGGAGGCGCUGGAUCUGGAUCAUCAUCAGGCCCUCAAGGAACAUCCUCAUCUGGCGGUUAUGGUGCCGCAAACUCUCGUGGCGGAUCGCGCUCGAGCGGCGAUGGCCCCUCCUCCUCUUCUGUGAGUGGCAGCGACGCAGGCGCUGGAUCUGGAUCAUCAUCAGGCCCUCAAGGAACAUCCUCAUCUGGCGGUUAUGGUGCCGCAAACUCUCGUGGCGGAUCGCGCUCGAGCGGCGAUGGCCCCUCCUCCUCUUCUGUGAGUGGCAGCGACGCAGGCGCUGGAUCUGGAUCAUCAUCAUCAGGCCCUCAAGGAACAUCCUCAUCUGGCGGUUAUGGUGCCGCAAACUCUCGUGGCGGAUCGCGCUCGAGCGGCGAUGGCCCCUCCUCCUCUUCUGUGAGUGGCAGCGACGCAGGCGCUGGAUCUGGAUCAUCAUCAGGCCCUCAAGGAACAUCCUCAUCUGGCGGUUAUGGUGCCGCAAACUCUCGUGGCGGAUCGCGCUCGAGCGGCGAUGGCCCCUCCUCCUCUUCUGUGAGUGGCAGCGACGCAGGCGCUGGAUCUGGAUCAUCAUCAGGCCCUCAAGGAACAUCCUCAUCUGGCGGUUAUGGUGCCGCAAACUCUCGUGGCGGAUCGCGCUCGAGCGGCGAUGGCCCCUCCUCCUCUUCUGUGAGUGGCAGCGACGCAGGCGCUGGAUCUGGAUCAUCAUCAGGCCCUCAAGGAACAUCCUCAUCUGGCGGUUAUGGUGCCGCAAACUCUCGUGGCGGAUCGCGCUCGAGCGGCGAUGGCCCCUCCUCCUCUUCUGUGAGUGGCAGCGACGCAGACGCUGGAUCUGGAUCAUCAUCAGGCCCUCAAGGAACAUCCUCAUCUGGCGGUUAUGGUGCCGCAAACUCUCGUGGCGGAUCGCGCUCGAGCGGCGAUGGCCCCUCCUCCUCUUCUGUGAGUGGCAGCGACGCAGGCGCUGGAUCUGGAUCAUCAUCAGGCCCUCAAGGAACAUCCUCAUCUGGCGGUUAUGGUGCCGCAAACUCUCGUGGCGGAUCGCGCUCGAGCGGCGAUGGCCCCUCCUCCUCUUCUGUGAGUGGCAGCGUCGCAGGCGCUGGAUCUGGAUCAUCAUCAGGCCCUCAAGGAACAUCCUCAUCUGGCGGUUAUGGUGCCGCAAACUCUCGUGGCGGAUCGCGCUCGAGCGGCGAUGGCCCCUCCUCCUCUUCUGUGAGUGGCAGCGACGCAGGCGCUGGAUCUGGAUCAUCAUCAGGCCCUCAAGGAACAUCCUCAUCUGGCGGUUAUGGUGCCGCAAACUCUCGUGGCGGAUCGCGCUCGAGCGGCGAUGGCCCCUCCUCCUCUUCUGUGAGUGGCAGCGACGCAGGCGCUGGAUCUGGAUCAUCAUCAGGCCCUCAAGGAACAUCCUCAUCUGGCGGUUAUGGUGCCGCAAACUCUCGUGGCGGAUCGCGCUCGAGCGGCGAUGGCCCCUCCUCCUCUUCUGUGAGUGGCAGCGUCGCAGGCGCUGGAUCUGGAUCAUCAUCAGGCCCUCAAGGAACAUCCUCAUCUGGUGGUUAUGGUGCCGCAAACUCUCGUGGCGGAUCGCACUCGAGCGGCGAUGGCCCCUCCUCCUCUUCUGUGAGUGGCAGCGACGCAGGCGCUGGAUCUGGAUCAUCAUCAGGCCCUCAAGGAACAUCCUCAUCUGGCGGUUUAUGGUGCCGCAAACUCUCGUGGCGGCUCGCGCUCGAGCGGCGAUGGCCCCUCCUCCUCUUCUGCGCUGGAUCUGGAUCAUCAUCAGGCCCUCAAGGAACAUCCUCAUCUGGCGGUUAUGGUGCCGCAAACUCUCGUGGCGGAUCGCGCUCGAGCGGCGAUGGCCCCUCCUCCUCUUCUGUGAGUGGCAGCGACGCAGGCGCUGGAUCUGGAUCAUCAUCAGGCCCUCAAGGAACAUCCUCAUCUGGCGGUUAUGGUGCCGCAAACUCUCGUGGCGGAUCGCGCUCGAGCGGCGAUGGCCCCUCCUCCUCUUCUGUGAGUGGCAGCGACGCAGGCGCUGGAUCUGGAUCAUCAUCAGGCCCUCAAGGAACAUCCUCAUCUGGCGGUUAUGGUGCCGCAAACUCUCGUGGCGGAUCGCGCUCGAGCGGCGAUGGCCCCUCCUCCUCUUCUGUGAGUGGCAGCGACGCAGGCGCUGGAUCUGGAUCAUCAUCAGGCCCUCAAGGAACAUCCUCAUCUGGCGGUUAUGGUGCCGCAAACUCUCGUGGCGGAUCGCGCUCGAGCGGCGAUGGCCCCUCCUCCUCUUCUGUGAGUGGCAGCGUCGCAGGCGCUGGAUCUGGAUCAUCAUCAGGCCCUCAAGGAACAUCCUCAUCUGGCGGUUAUGGUGCCGCAAACUCUCGUGGCGGAUCGCGCUCGAGCGGCGAUGGCCCCUCCUCCUCUUCUGUGAGUGGCAGCGACGCAGGCGCUGGAUCUGGAUCAUCAUCAGGCCCUCAAGGAACAUCCUCAUCUGGCGGUUAUGGUGCCGCAAACUCUCGUGGCGGAUCGCGCUCGAGCGGCGAUGGCUCCUCCUCCUCUUCUGUGAGUGGCAGCGACGCAGGCGCUGGAUCUGGAUCAUCAUCACGCCCUCAAGGAACAUCCUCAUCUGGCGGUUAUGGUGCCGCAAACUCUCGUGGCGGAUCGCGCUCGAGCGGCGAUGGCCCCUCCUCCUCUUCUGUGAGUGGCAGCGACGCAGGCGCUGGAUCUGGAUCAUCAUCAGGCCCUCAAGGAACAUCCUCAUCUGGCGGUUAUGGUGCCGCAAACUCUCGUGGCGGAUCGCGCUCGAGCGGCGAUGGCCCCUCCUCCUCUUCUGUGAGUGGCAGCGACGCAGGCGCUGGAUCUGGAUCAUCAUCAGGCCCUCAAGGAACAUCCUCAUCUGGCGGUUAUGGUGCCGCAAACUCUCGUGGCGGAUCGCGCUCGAGCGGCGAUGGCCCCUCCUCCUCUUCUGUGAGUGGCAGCGACGCAGGCGCUGGAUCUGGAUCAUCAUCAGGCCCUCAAGGAACAUCCUCAUCUGGCGGUUAUGGUGCCGCAAACUCUCGUGGCGGAUCGCGCUCGAGCGGCGAUGGCCCCUCCUCCUCUUCUGUGAGUGGCAGCGACGCAGACGCUGGAUCUGGAUCAUCAUCAGGCCCUCAAGGAACAUCCUCAUCUGGCGGUUAUGGUGCCGCAAACUCUCGUGGCGGAUCGCGCUCGAGCGGCGAUGGCCCCUCCUCCUCUUCUGUGAGUGGCAGCGACGCAGGCGCUGGAUCUGGAUCAUCAUCAGGCCCUCAAGGAACAUCCUCAUCUGGCGGUUAUGGUGCCGCAAACUCUCGUGGCGGAUCGCGCUCGAGCGGCGAUGGCCCCUCCUCCUCUUCUGUGAGUGGCAGCGUCGCAGGCGCUGGAUCUGGAUCAUCAUCAGGCCCUCAAGGAACAUCCUCAUCUGGCGGUUAUGGUGCCGCAAACUCUCGUGGCGGAUCGCGCUCGAGCGGCGAUGGCCCCUCCUCCUCUUCUGUGAGUGGCAGCGACGCAGGCGCUGGAUCUGGAUCAUCAUCAGGCCCUCAAGGAACAUCCUCAUCUGGCGGUUAUGGUGCCGCAAACUCUCGUGGCGGAUCGCGCUCGAGCGGCGAUGGCCCCUCCUCCUCUUCUGUGAGUGGCAGCGACGCAGGCGCUGGAUCUGGAUCAUCAUCAGGCCCUCAAGGAACAUCCUCAUCUGGCGGUUAUGGUGCCGCAAACUCUCGUGGCGGAUCGCGCUCGAGCGGCGAUGGCCCCUCCUCCUCUUCUGUGAGUGGCAGCGACGCAGACGCUGGAUCUGGAUCAUCAUCAGGCCCUCAAGGAACAUCCUCAUCUGGCGGUUAUGGUGCCGCAAACUCUCGUGGCGGAUCGCGCUCGAGCGGCGAUGGCCCCUCCUCCUCUUCUGUGAGUGGCAGCGACGCAGGCGCUGGAUCUGGAUCAUCAUCAGGCCCUCAAGGAACAUCCUCAUCUGGCGGUUAUGGUGCCGCAAACUCUCGUGGCGGAUCGCGCUCGAGCGGCGAUGGCCCCUCCUCCUCUUCUGUGAGUGGCAGCGUCGCAGGCGCUGGAUCUGGAUCAUCAUCAGGCCCUCAAGGAACAUCCUCAUCUGGCGGUUAUGGUGCCGCAAACUCUCGUGGCGGAUCGCACUCGAGCGGCGAUGGCCCCUCCUCCUCUUCUGUGAGUGGCAGCGACGCAGGCGCUGGAUCUGGAUCAUCAUCAGGCCCUCAAGGAACAUCCUCAUCUGGCGGUUAUGGUGCCGCAAACUCUCGUGGCGGCUCGCGCUCGAGCGGCGAUGGCCCCUCCUCCUCUUCUGUGAGUGGCAGCGACGCAGGCGCUGGAUCUGGAUCAUCAUCAGGCCCUCAAGGAACAUCCUCAUCUGGCGGUUAUGGUGCCGCAAACUCUCGUGGCGGAUCGCGCUCGAGCGGCGAUGGCCCCUCCUCCUCUUCUGUGAGUGGCAGCGUCGCAGGCGCUGGAUCUGGAUCAUCAUCAGGCCCUCAAGGAACAUCCUCAUCUGGCGGUUAUGGUGCCGCAAACUCUCGUGGCGGAUCGCGCUCGAGCGGCGAUGGCCCCUCCUCCUCUUCUGUGAGUGGCAGCGACGCAGGCGCUGGAUCUGGAUCAUCAUCAGGCCCUCAAGGAACAUCCUCAUCUGGCGGUUAUGGUGCCGCAAACUCUCGUGGCGGAUCGCGCUCGAGCGGCGAUGGCCCCUCCUCCUCUUCUGUGAGUGGCAGCGACGCAGGCGCUGGAUCUGGAUCAUCAUCAGGCCCUCAAGGAACAUCCUCAUCUGGCGGUUAUGGUGCCGCAAACUCUCGUGGCGGAUCGCGCUCGAGCGGCGAUGGCCCCUCCUCCUCUUCUGUGAGUGGCAGCGACGCAGGCGCUGGAUCUGGAUCAUCAUCAGGCCCUCAAGGAACAUCCUCAUCUGGCGGUUAUGGUGCCGCAAACUCUCGUGGCGGAUCGCGCUCGAGCGGCGAUGGCCCCUCCUCCUCUUCUGUGAGUGGCAGCGUCGCAGGCGCUGGAUCUGGAUCAUCAUCAGGCCCUCAAGGAACAUCCUCAUCUGGCGGUUAUGGUGCCGCAAACUCUCGUGGCGGAUCGCGCUCGAGCGGCGAUGGCCCCUCCUCCUCUUCUGUGAGUGGCAGCGACGCAGGCGCUGGAUCUGGAUCAUCAUCAGGCCCUCAAGGAACAUCCUCAUCUGGCGGUUAUGGUGCCGCAAACUCUCGUGGCGGAUCGCGCUCGAGCGGCGAUGGCCCCUCCUCCUCUUCUGUGAGUGGCAGCGACGCAGGCGCUGGAUCUGGAUCAUCAUCAGGCCCUCAAGGAACAUCCUCAUCUGGCGGUUAUGGUGCCGCAAACUCUCGUGGCGGAUCGCGCUCGAGCGGCGAUGGCCCCUCCUCCUCUUCUGUGAGUGGCAGCGACGCAGGCGCUGGAUCUGGAUCAUCAUCAGGCCCUCAAGGAACAUCCUCAUCUGGCGGUUAUGGUGCCGCAAACUCUCGUGGCGGAUCGCGCUCGAGCGGCGAUGGCCCCUACUCCUCUUCUGUGGCAGCGACGCAGGCGCUGGAUCUGGAUCAUCAUCAGGCCCUCAAGGAACAUCCUCAUCUGGCGGUUAUGGUGCCGCAAACUCUCGUGGCGGAUCGCGCUCGAGCGGCGAUGGCCCCUCCUCCUCUUCUCGGCGAUGGCCCCUCCUCCUCUUCUGUGAGUGGCAGCGACGCAGGCGCUGGAUCUGGAUCAUCAUCAGGCCCUCAAGGAACAUCCUCAUCUGGCGGUUAUGGUGCCGCAAACUCUCGUGGCGGAUCGCGCUCGAGUGGCGAUGGCCCCUCCUCCUCUUCUGUGAGUGGCAGCGACGCAGGCGCUGGAUCUGGAUCAUCAUCAGGCCCUCAAGGAACAUCCUCAUCUGGCGGUUAUGGUGCCGCAAACUCUCGUGGCGGAUCGCGCUCGAGCGGCGAUGGCCCCUCCUCCUCUUCUGUGAGUGGCAGCGACGCAGGCGCUGGAUCUGGAUCAUCAUCAGGCCCUCAAGGAACAUCCUCAUCUGGCGGUUAUGGUGCCGCAAACUCUCGUGGCGGAUCGCGCUCGAGCGGCGAUGGCCCCUACUCCUCUUCUGUGAGUGGCAGCGACGCAGGCGCUGGAUCUGGAUCAUCAUCAGGCCCUCAAGGAACAUCCUCAUCUGGCGGUUAUGGUGCCGCAAACUCUCGUGGCGGAUCGCGCUCGAGCGGCGAUGGCCCCUCCUCCUCUUCUGUGAGUGGCAGCGACGCAGGCGCUGGAUCUGGAUCAUCAUCAGGCCCUCAAGGAACAUCCUCAUCUGGCGGUUAUGGUGCCGCAAACUCUCGUGGCGGAUCGCGCUCGAGCGGCGAUGGCCCCUCCUCCUCUUCUGUGAGUGGCAGCGACGCAGACGCUGGAUCUGGAUCAUCAUCAGGCCCUCAAGGAACAUCCUCAUCUGGCGGUUAUGGUGCCGCAAACUCUCGUGGCGGAUCGCGCUCGAGCGGCGAUGGCCCCUCCUCCUCUUCUGUGAGUGGCAGCGACGCAGGCGCUGGAUCUGGAUCAUCAUCAGGCCCUCAAGGAACAUCCUCAUCUGGCGGUUAUGGUGCCGCAAACUCUCGUGGCGGAUCGCGCUCGAGCGGCGAUGGCCCCUACUCCUCUUCUGUGAGUGGCAGCGACGCAGGCGCUGGAUCUGGAUCAUCAUCAGGCCCUCAAGGAACAUCCUCAUCUGGCGGUUAUGGUGCCGCAAACUCUCGUGGCGGAUCGCGCUCGAGCGGCGAUGGCCCCUCCUCCUCUUCUGUGAGUGGCAGCGACGCAGGCGCUGGAUCUGGAUCAUCAUCAGGCCCUCAAGGAACAUCCUCAUCUGGCGGUUAUGGUGCCGCAAACUCUCGUGGCGGAUCGCGCUCGAGCGGCGAUGGCCCCUCCUCCUCUUCUGUGAGUGGCAGCGACGCAGGCGCUGGAUCUGGAUCAUCAUCAGGCCCUCAAGGAACAUCCUCAUCUGGCGGUUAUGGUGCCGCAAACUCUCGUGGCGGAUCGCGCUCGAGUGGCGAUGGCCCCUCCUCCUCUUCUGUGAGUGGCAGCGACGCAGGCGCUGGAUCUGGAUCAUCAUCAGGCCCUCAAGGAACAUCCUCAUCUGGCGGUUAUGGUGCCGCAAACUCUCGUGGCGGAUCGCGCUCGAGCGGCGAUGGCCCCUCCUCCUCUUCUGUGAGUGGCAGCGACGCAGGCGCUGGAUCUGGAUCAUCAUCAGGCCCUCAAGGAACAUCCUCAUCUGGCGGUUAUGGUGCCGCAAACUCUCGUGGCGGAUCGCGCUCGAGCGGCGAUGGCCCCUACUCCUCUUCUGUGAGUGGCAGCGACGCAGGCGCUGGAUCUGGAUCAUCAUCAGGCCCUCAAGGAACAUCCUCAUCUGGCGGUUAUGGUGCCGCAAACUCUCGUGGCGGAUCGCGCUCGAGCGGCGAUGGCCCCUCCUCCUCUUCUGUGAGUGGCAGCGACGCAGGCGCUGGAUCUGGAUCAUCAUCAGGCCCUCAAGGAACAUCCUCAUCUGGCGGUUAUGGUGCCGCAAACUCUCGUGGCGGAUCGCGCUCGAGCGGCGAUGGCCCCUCCUCCUCUUCUGUGAGUGGCAGCGACGCAGGCGCUGGAUCUGGAUCAUCAUCAGGCCCUCAAGGAACAUCCUCAUCUGGCGGUUAUGGUGCCGCAAACUCUCGUGGCGGAUCACGCUCGAGCGGCGAUGGCCCCUCCUCCUCUUCUGUGAGUGGCAGCGACGCAGGCGCUGGAUCUGGAUCAUCAUCAGGCCCUCAAGGAACAUCCUCAUCUGGCGGUUAUGGUGCCGCAAACUCUCGUGGCGGAUCACGCUCGAGCGGCGAUGGCCCCUCCUCCUCUUCUGUGAGUGGCAGCGACGCAGGCGCUGGAUCUGGAUCAUCAUCAGGCCCUCAAGGAACAUCCUCAUCUGGCGGUUAUGGUGCCGCAAACUCUCGUGGCGGAUCGCGCUCGAGCGGCGAUGGCCCCUACUCCUCUUCUGUGAGUGGCAGCGACGCAGGCGCUGGAUCUGGAUCAUCAUCAGGCCCUCAAGGAACAUCCUCAUCUGGCGGUUAUGGUGCCGCAAACUCUCGUGGCGGAUCGCGCUCGAGCGGCGAUGGCCCCUCCUCCUCUUCUGUGAGUGGCAGCGACGCAGGCGCUGGAUCUGGAUCAUCAUCAGGCCCUCAAGGAACAUCCUCAUCUGGCGGUUAUGGUGCCGCAAACUCUCGUGGCGGAUCGCGCUCGAGCGGCGAUGGCCCCUCCUCCUCUUCUGUGAGUGGCAGCGACGCAGGCGCUGGAUCUGGAUCAUCAUCAGGCCCUCAAGGAACAUCCUCAUCUGGCGGUUAUGGUGCCGCAAACUCUCGUGGCGGAUCGCGCUCGAGCGGCGAUGGCCCCUCCUCCUCUUCUGUGAGUGGCAGCGACGCAGGCGCUGGAUCUGGAUCAUCAUCAGGCCCUCAAGGAACAUCCUCAUCUGGCGGUUAUGGUGCCGCAAACUCUCGUGGCGGAUCGCGCUCGAGCGGCGAUGGCCCCUCCUCCUCUUCUGUGAGUGGCAGCGACGCAGGCGCUGGAUCUGGAUCAUCAUCAGGCCCUCAAGGAACAUCCUCAUCUGGCGGUUAUGGUGCCGCAAACUCUCGUGGCGGAUCGCGCUCGAGCGGCGAUGGCCCCUCCUCCUCUUCUGUGAGUGGCAGCGACGCAGGCGCUGGAUCUGGAUCAUCAUCAGGCCCUCAAGGAACAUCCUCAUCUGGCGGUUAUGGUGCCUCAAACUCUCGUGGCGGAUCGCGCUCGAGCGGCGAUGGCCCCUCCUCCUCUUCUGUGAGUGGCAGCGACGCAGGCGCUGGAUCUGGAUCAUCAUCAGGCCCUCAAGGAACAUCCUCAUCUGGCGGUUAUGGUGCCGCAAACUCUCGUGGCGGAUCGCGCUCGAGCGGCGAUGGCCCCUCCUCCUCUUCUGUGAGUGGCAGCGACGCAGGCGCUGGAUCUGGAUCAUCAUCAGGCCCUCAAGGAACAUCCUCAUCUGGCGGUUAUGGUGCCGCAAACUCUCGUGGCGGAUCGCGCUCGAGCGGCGAUGGCCCCUCCUCCUCUUCUAUGAGUGGCAGCAACGUAGGCGCUGGCGAUCAAUCUAAAUCAUCAGGUCAACAUGAACAACAUCAGGUCAACAAACACCAUCCGAAACAUAAUCACGAGGCCAUUCCUUUGCACCACUUGAAACAUCCACCAGGAAGCCUUCCAUUACAUCAUUUGAAAAAACUUCCCGUUCCCACUUCUGGACACCAAUUAGGACAUAUCUUAAAACAUCUUCCUAUUGACCAUCUCAAAAAACUUCCUUCCUAUCACCAUGGAAUAUUUGGAUCGAAAAAAGAAGCAAAAGAAUCAGGCUCAAAGGGCAGUGGCAGCAACGUAGGACCUAGUAGUCACGCAGUACCAGUCGGUCAUCAAGCAGGCCCGUCACGCGGUUGGGAUACUGGAAGCUCAGGUGGUAAAUCAAGCUCAAACGGUGGUGAAUCCUCUGCUAAUAGCUAUAGCAGUGCAGGAGCAGCUUCUUCAAAUUACAAUAACUAUGUAUCAAGUGUUAGUUCAAGCUUCGCAGAAAGUGAGAGCAGUUCACAAAGCAAGUACUAUGAAUCGUCUUCUUAU